UUCCUAUUUGCCUGUAUUAUACUUAGCAAGGGGGAGAAAUGUUAGGCACUAGGCAUGAGGGUAUCCCCAAACAGAGUUUUGGUAUAAAAAAGAUUCAGAUAUCGAGACAACAUCGCUUCAACUUCUCGUCCUUUCAUUCCUGGACUUUCUAUGGGGAUAAUAUGGGUGGAGGUUUGCUUGAUAUCUGCACAUGGACUCCAGCAUUCAACCUCACUUUGGAAGCGUCAAUGGUUUGCUGUUGGGUGGAUCGAUAUUAACAGCAAAUAUUGCACCAAGGUCGUUGAUUCAGGGAGUGCAAAUCCUGUAUGGAGAACCAAGUUUGCUAUUCCAGUUGAGGACUCAGCACCAAAUCUCCUGGAUUUGGUACUGAACGUGGAAGUUUACAGUACAGACCCCAUAUUCUUCAUGGAAAAGCUUCAUGGCUCAGCAACAGUUUUUCUCAGAGAGUUUCUUGUCGAGCAGGUAAUGAAUUCUGAGGUAUCCAAUCCCAAGCAGCAGGGAGUUGGAAGCUACCAAUUACGAAAGAAGAAAUCUAGCAAACCAAGAGGUUUCAUCGAUAUUUUAAUUUGUAUUUCUAAGGAAAAGAAUGAGCCAAAUCCCCACUCAGGAAACAAGGAUGGAAUUUUGCUCUUAGAUAAUGGAGAUAGUACCCAAUUCAACAUAGAGGGAGGAGUAAGGCAAGCAUACCGUCGGAAACCUCAAGCUUCAGUCCAUCAGCCAGAAUAUCAUGUACAUACAAACGUCCCAGAGUACCAUUCAGAACCAUUCACCACCACAAACUAUUAUAAUCCAUAUCUGGGUGAAGCAAGCUACCAUGAGAUGGGUGAACCAAGCUACCAUGAGACAGGAGAAACGAGUUACCAAGAGGUGGGUGAACCAAGCUACCAUGAGACAACUGGACCAAGCUAUCAGCUGCCUAGAACAAUAACUCCUCCUCCACCGCCCCCACCAUCAAAUAUUGGUUAUAUUCCUACCUAUCUCCCAAUAAAUGAUGGCUUGUCUCCAAGCUACACAGACAUGUCAACAGCCAGGGCAGUCCCUGGUAAGAGGGUAAAUGCAGGAGGUGCAAUGGGGUUAGGUGCUGGAGCACUAGCUGCUGGUGCUGUAAUAUUUGGUGAUGACUUCAUGUCAGGAUUUGAUGUUCCUUCGGACCUAGAAAUGGAUCCUCCUUUCUGAACAAGAUUUGAUCAGCUUUAAGUAAUUA